CAAUGCCUUUCCAUCCCGACUCCCUCCCCGACCUCACCGGAAAAGUCUACAUAGUAACAGGAGGCAACGCCGGAAUGGGCUACCACACCGUCUCCCACCUAGCAAAACACAACGCACACGUCUACAUGUGCGCGCGGUCCUCCUCAAAAGCCAGCACAGCCCUCUCCUCCCUCAAAACCACACACCCAACCUCCAAAAUCACCUUCCUGCAAAUGGACCUCACGGAUCUGUCCAGCGUAGUCGCAGCAGCGCAGCGCUUCCUCUCUCUCGAAACCUCGCUGCACGGCCUCGUCAACAACGCAGGGAUCAUGGCGGUGCCGUACAGCGAGACAAACGACGGCCACGAGAUCCAGUGGCAGACGAACUACCUCGCGCACUGGGUGCUAACGAGCCACUUGCUCCCGGUGCUGUUGAAGACGUCGCAGGCAGCGGGGCCGGGCGGGGUAAGGAUCGUGAAUGUUUCGUCGUCGGGGCAUUUGGGGGCGCCUAAGGGGGGUAUCGAUUUCGCUGCUCUCGAAGCUCGUAGGGGUAGUGAGAACGGAAAAGGAGGAGGAGGGGAGUGGACGCGCUACGGGCAGAGCAAACUCGCGAAUAUCCUGCACUCAAACACGCUGCAUCGACUGUACGGUCCUGGGUCGGCGGCGGCGCGGUCCGGCGAGGGUGAGGUUUGGGUUUCGUCGGUUCAUCCCGGGUUGGUGGAGACGGGGCUGGCGGGGACCGUGGAGAAGAAUACUACGGGGUUGGCGGGCAUGUUUGAUGUAGCGAGGUUGUUUAGGUUGUUUGUGAGUGCGGAGAAAGGGUCGUGGACGAAUUUGUACUGCGUGGCGGGGACGGAUAUGAAGAAGGAGGAGAGUGGUGGGUAUAGGGAGAUUCUGGGGAGGUGGUUGGAGCCGUGGUGGUUGAGUGGGGCGGCUAGAGAUGGGGAGCUUGCGGAGAGGUUGGAGGCUUGGACUGUGGAGGUUAUGAGGAGGGAAGGGUGGGUUGAGCAGUGAGC